UGAGAGUGGCCGUCUGGCGCGGUCUAGGACAGUGAAAGUAUUCCACAACGAGACGGUUCGAAGGAGGGGGCAGCAAGAUCUCGAUUCUCCUGUUGAGAGGCGCAUGUUUCAGGUCGCAAACCUUCAGCCAAAACAUACACACAAGGAUAUCCUAUCCAAGAGCUGCCUUGUGAAGGCUUGGACUGGGACGAGCUACACAGAUGGGAAAGACAGAAGGAGAGACAGGGGCAGACGGCAGCAUGGCGUCUAUCGCUGACUACUACGCAGGCAAAAACGUGCUGAUCACUGGCGCCACGGGCUUCAUGGGCAAGGUGCUGGUGGAGAAACUGCUGCGGUCCUGUCCAGAGGUCCGAACCCUCUACAUCCUGGUCAGGCCCAAGGCUGGACAGUCCAUGCAGGAACGGGUCAGCGUCAUGAUGAAGUGCAAGCUGUUUGACCGUGUGAGGGAGGACAACCCAGACUUCCACCAGAAGAUAGUUCCGAUCAGCAGUGAGUUGACACAGCCUGGCCUGGCCAUCAGUCCUGAGGACGUAGAGAGGCUGACCUCCUGCAUCAACAUCAUCUUCCACUGUGCUGCCACCAUCCGCUUCGACGAACCCCUCAAACACGCCCUGCAGCUGAAUGUUAUGGCCACGCAGCAGCUCCUGAGUCUGGCCCAGCAGAUGCACCACCUCCAGGCCUUUAUCCACAUCUCCACAGCCUACGCCAACUGCAACCGCAGGCACAUCGACGAGAUCAUCUACCCACCGCCUGUAGAGCCCAAGAAGCUCAUCGACUCCCUGGAGUGGAUGGAGGACAGCAUCGUCCGUGACAUCACGCCUCGCCUCAUCGGGGACCGCCCCAACACCUACACCUACACCAAAGCCCUGGCAGAGUGCGUGGUCCAGAAGGAGAGCGGCAAGCUCAGCAUCGGCAUCAUCAGACCCUCCAUAGUGGGAGCCAGCUGGCAGGAGCCUUUCCCUGGCUGGAUCGACAACUUCAAUGGACCAAGCGGAGUCUUCAUCGCUGCGGGGAAGGGCAUCCUGCGCACCAUGAGAGCCAACAAUGAUGCGGUGGCGGACCUCAUCCCCGUCGACGUGGUCAUCAACCUGACCCUGGCCGCUGGCUGGUACACGGCAGUGCACAGACCCAAAACAGCUCUGGUCUACAACUGCACCACGGGCGGCAUCAACCCUUUCCACUGGGGAGAGAUCGAGCACCAUGUGAUGUCCAGCUUCAAGAGGAACCCUCUGGAGCAGGCUUUCAGAAGGCCCAAUGCCAACAUCACCUCCAACUACCUGAUGAACCAGUACUGGAUCCUGGUCAGCCACAAGUUCCCUGCCCUCAUCUACGACCUCUACCUGAGACUGUCUGGACAGAAGCCCCAAAUGAUGCGUAUCUUCAACCGGCUUCACAAGGCCAUCGGCCUGCUGGAGUACUUCAGCAGUCAGGACUGGCAGUGGAACUCAGAGAACAUGAACAUGCUGAUGAGCCACCUCAGCCCUGAGGACAGGAAGACAUUCAACUUUGACGUGCGUCAGCUGAACUGGCCAGAGUACAUAGAGAACUACUGCAUCGGCACCAAGAAGUACGUUCUGAAUGAAGACAUGUCAGACAUCCCUGCAGCCAGGCAACACCUCAGGAAGCUGAGGAACAUCCGCUACACAUUCAACACUCUACUGCUGGUGUUCAUCUGGAGGGUGUUCAUCGCCCGCUCCCAGAUGGCCAGGAACAUCUGGUACUUUGUGGUCAGCCUCUGCUUCAAGUUCCUCUCCUACUUCAGGGCCUCCAGCACACUCACCAACUGAUAACCAACUGACCGUUGACCAGCUGACCGCCUCCUCAACCAGACAACACCCCUCAGACCUCCAGCAGCACACAACCCCACUCCUCAACCAGACGACACCCCUCAGACCUCCAGCAGCACACAACCCCACUCCUCAACCAGACGACACCCCUCAGACCUCCAGCAGCGCACAACCCCACUCCUCAACCAGACAACACCCCUCAGACCUCCAGCAGCACACAACCCCACUCCUCAACCAGACAUUGUUCCUUCUGACCCUGUUGUACGUCAUACAGUGAAAUGACUACGUAAGUGUUAUUUAUUUUCUAACUACUGCUUUUCUUAAAGCGACAGAUUACAUAUGCAACAAUAAACCCAUUGUAUACUCUCUCCACGUUUUGCAUACUUGAAAUACUGUGUCAGGCCUCCACUGAAGGCUAAUUUCUGUACAUGACUCUUAAUGUGUGAAUCCUGAGAUAUUUCAUGGCCUCUCUUUUUACAUGGGCGAUGUGUUUUUACCUUGUAUUGUUUUGUACCGACAGAAUAUUUGGGAGCCUGUACUCUGUAGCGAGGCCAGCUAAGGAUAACCAAGAGAACUUCAGUGUUGAUCACACCAAGGGCUCUAUUCAAUCUGUAAAGUUGAAGCGUUACAGAUUCCGUGAUAUAAAUGUAAAGGUAAUUUCCGAUUGAGCCAACACAUGCAGCGUUUACCGUGAAUGCAGUCUCUGCAAAAGCAGGCACAUUCCCUUUAAAUUUCAACCAUGCUGUAAAGCUGAACUUCUGUGAUGUAGAUUGAAUAGAGCCCUAAAUCUUGACCACUGGAGACUGCUACUGUAGUACUACAAACAUCUGACCUGGUUGACAUUACCAGUUCUUACUUUUGAUGGUAUAUUGAUACAAGCUACUAUCACUACUAUAUAUUGAUAUAUCAGUAUGUUUAACAUAACGCAUAAGACUCCUUGUUUGUUUCACGGUUAGUCCACUUUUUGCCUGUUUUGUACAGCAGUUUAUAUUGAAACUAAGUUGACUUUUUUCAUCUUUAUAAAUAAUUGCGUCAAACUAAGGCUUGUCUUAUGUAAGUGGUAGAUGACGGUGGCAGUAUCAUACAGUGAGGGAAAAAAGUAUUUGAUCCCCUGCUGAUUUUGUACGUUUGCCCCCU